AUGAAUGCCAAGCACGUAUUCGACGAGCUGUGCGUCGUCUGCGAGAAUGCUAGCGAUGAGACGCUGUUGGACGAACAUCAAUGCGUAGAUGAAAUCCAAGCUGCCACAAUGGGUAUCUCCCUCAGUUUCUACUCGCAAAGAGCCCUCCUUUCAGACAGGCCUUCAUCGAGGAUCGUGCUGGAUCUACCCAGCAUAGCCUUCUCAACGCUGAGCCAGCAGUCAGAGCUCGCAGUGGCCUACGUCGUCCGCGAGUUGCGUCUGCCAACGAACAUGCCGAUCAGGAUCGCGAGAAGGCUUUCAACGCCGUCGCUCUCGCGUGGUCCCCUUUGCGGCAACAUCCUGCCAUCGUGGGGGAGUUCGGGCCCUUAUGCCCGUGACCGGGCUGCCCUCUUGCUGGACCCCGGAGCGGACGGCGCCGCACCCAAGCACUGGCUGCACCAGAAGUUCUGGACAGUCAUGCCGCGGACGUUCUGGGGCCCCGACGGCGGUGAGGGAGCUCAGGUGCUGGCGGCCUUUACGCACCCGGCCCCGGUCGAUCUGCCGCCGGAGUUGACAGGCGUGCUCCUCAGCCAACAAAGCGCCGACGUCCCUCUCUCGAGAAAAAAGAUGAUGCUGGACAUCGUCUUCGACAGCAUCGUACCCUACCGCCUCCACGAUGGCUUGCGCCUGUUCCCAGGUGUAGAAUUCUACCAGAUUCUUCUGUACAACCGCCAGGACUUUUACGCCAUCUGGCCCUUCGUUGCCCGGUUCCAUGCCUGGAUCUCGCCUUUGGCUGCAAUGUCAGCCGAGCUUGCGGACAACGAACUGCAUCGCCUGCGAGCAAUGGUCCCAGGAUACGUCUCUGGCGCUGUCCAUGAUUCUCCGUCGAGUGUUGAAACCAUGUAUACUCCACAGACAUCCCCUCAGACAUCACCUCAAAGAUCUUCUCAGACAUCCCCUGCGCAGUUCCCAGAGAACAUCAGCAGCUUGCACGAAUCACCCAGUGGCUACACGUAUCCAGAGGAUCAAGCGGAGGCACUCGAAGCUGAUGACUGCAACGCUCUUCUCGACGAACACCUUGGAUGUCCUCCCACCCUCUCUUAUGGUGGCAUCAUUCAUAACAUGGAUCAGUUUGAGAAGCUGAAUAAUGCCUACCAUCAUCACGUUCAGAAGAAGGCCGGCAUAGCUCCACUUGACGAUCCCACCUGGCCCAUAGAGGACGACGAGCAGCUGGAUUGCGUCAAGACGCUUUUCGAGCAAAUCACGAACAUGUCCGACUUCUACGAGCUGCGGAAGGCGCAGGAACGCUUGAAAGCCUGCGGCGUGGGAGAGGAAGGCGAUGAUUCAACGACCACGGCAGCGUCCGACGAAACUGCGACCCGGAAGCGUCGCCGAACGACCACGGGCAGCAGUCGUACCGACAGACCGAGACCUAAGGGUGUGAGCAAGGCGGAUUGGGAUCUGAUGGACCCGGACAACUCGCCCGCCGACCUCCUUACGAUCAUCGUUCAUACACAAGUGUCCGACUUGGAGAUCGAGUUGAUGUGCUGGAAGCUUCUCGUUGCGGCGAUGAAUGCCCAGCGUGGCUUUACCAUGCGUCCACGCUGGUGCGGCCAGCGAGCAAUCUCCACAUGGGACUAUUUUGAGACCUUUGCCGAACGCUGGGAAGUCAUCUGCGCCCAAUUGCUCGAUUGCAAGCUAUUGAUCCACUCGCUCACCCGCCCUGACUGGUUUUCAAAGUUCGCCGGUGCCCCUGUCAAGGAGCGAGCUUCGAAGCUGAGCAACGAUGUAUUGAACGGACGCCGAGAUGUGCAGAACCAAGUCGGCAGAGAGCUCAUCAAAGCAAAAACUCAGACCAACGAGUGGGAGACCUCCAAGAGCUUCGAGAUACGGUCAAAGAAUGGCGAGGUCAUUUCCAAGGGAGCGAAGAUUGGCGAUGGAGUUCGGCGUCGCUUGGCAGUCCGCGCGAAGGAUCAGGACGCUGGUAGUCCUGCUUCUCAGCAGGCGAUGUCUCCUUGA